AUGGAUAUUAACGAAGAAAUACAAGAAAUCGAAGAAGAAGAACAGAUAUCUCCCAUAAUUCAAAUCUUUGAACGUCUGACAUUUGAACGAGGUCAUGAAGUACAUGAUCAAGUCGCAUCGAUGGUCGAAUUAUUUUCACUAUCACAUGUCACAUUAGAUAUGUUAGAUACAUUCAUUGAAUGUGUUAAAAUUAUUUUUGUUCAUCAACCUACCAGUAAAAAUAUGCGAAUACUAGAUUUUUUGAUUAUAUUGACACAUGUAACACAUAUUAAUUAUGUAAAUAAUAGAAAUUUGUCACUCGUUUUCGAUGCGCUUAUUGAUGUAUUUAGUCAGACCAUGGUUGCAAUCGAUAGUCAAAUUCGACAUACAACAUUUCAUAUUUUAAAUAAACUUCAAUCAUUUAUUGAUCUAUCUCGUUCACCUUAUAUACCCGAUCAAUUCGAACAAUAUUUAUUAGAAUUACUUAAUAACGAAACAACAUUUCUUGUUCUUGAUCAAAUCAUACAAUUAGCUGCUAAGUUUCAGCAUAAGAAUCAUCAAUUUAUUGAUGCUUUUCUUCGUCGAAUUAAUUCACCAAAAUGGUUGCCAUAUGUUGAUCGACGACGUCAACUCGUAUCAUUACUUGAAUAUUCAUCUUGUUCUCUUAAGUUUCUUCUUUCAACUAUUGAAACUGAUAAUGAUUUAUCACAAUCAGCUUUCGAAAGUUUACUAGAUCAUGAACGAGGCUUUACACUCGAUAAAUUAGAUUUCCAUGGACGACUCCUUAUAUUUCAAUUGGCGAGUAAAUCUCGUGAUUUAUCACGUUUUAUUUUUACUCAAUGGAUUAGUCAAAGUGGAUUUGAACUUAUUGAUAUUCUUCGACUAUGCAAAAUAUUUUCGUUAAAUGAAAAUAAGAAAACCGAUUACCGUUUAACAAUUGAAACAAGUUUACGAUAUUUUCUUAAUGAUAAAAAUAUUCGACGUAUUGUUAUUAAUAAUACAAGAAAAGCCAUUGGUACAAACAAAGGUGGUCUUCUACCUUCCGAUGUAUCGAAUUAUGUUGAACAGUUAUUUAUUUGGCGUAUUUUAUGUCAAUUAAUUAAUGGAGAAGAUGAUGACGAUGAUAAUAAUACAAAUAUUCAUCCAGAUUUUCAUGAAUUUAUUGCUUAUUUUUAUCGCUUAGUUAAAUCUUCUGUUGAUAAAACUUUAUCUUCAACCGACGAAUUCGUUAUUUGUCAAUAUGCGUCGAUUCUGUCAACGUUCGAUAUGCUUGAUAUCUAUCGCCGUAAAUGUGUUGAAGCGAUAAGUCGUUGUAUGCUUGUACAUUUCGGACAGUAUGAAACAAUAAUUGAGCAAGCGCUUGAACUUGUUCAUCGUAUUCAUCCAUCAAAAGAUACAGCCGAUCAACGAUAUCAAUUUAUAACCUAUACAUUAAAUGAUAUAAUACAACGUUGCAAAACUGAACAUAAUGAAGAAUUGACAUUUAUGCAAUGUAUGACUAUAUCAAAGUUAUUUAUUGAACAUGAGAAAGAACCCGAAUUAAACAAUACGGAUUUAAAACAAUUACUUGAUUCAUUAAUCAGAUCAGGCUUAUCACAUAAAGAUAUUGGUAUUCAAUCGUAUACUUUGUCAACAUUAAGAUCGUUGGUAUGCCAUUCUCGACAAGCAGCGAUUGAUUUUAUUAAGCAAAUUCUUCAUAUUACCAAUAAAAUUCAAGAUAUUUCAUUGAAAUGUCAAUCAAUAUCAACUUUGAUCGACGUUCUUCUUGUUCGUGGUCUUGAUUUUUUCACGAGUUUAAAUUUAACAACGUCUCAAUUUAUAGAACAAUAUUUAUCAAACCUUUUUAAUGAUCGAAAUAUUGAAAUAAAACAUACGAUUGUAUUUGGUCUUAUUAAAUUAUUUCUUAGCUCUCGUCUUGAACCAACAGUUUCUUUACUUAAAAUCAUACUUGAUUAUCGCUUUUCUAAUGACUAUCGAUCGAUUGAUCAACAUCAACGAGAUGAUAUAACUUCUUUCUUUUAUUUCUUUACUCAUUUAUCGAUUUCUAAUGUUUUACUUAUUGAAGAAAUAACAUUUGAUCUUGUUUCUCGUUGUUUACCUUUCGUAUCGGAUAAUAGUACCAUAGCUUAUCGGUCAAUUUUUAUCGAACAAAUGUGUUCUUUUUGUAUUGAAUUGCUGUCUUUGCCAAGUUUACCAAUGAACAAAUUAAAUGAAGAACAUUCUCAUUAUCAUCUAGCUAUCAAUCUUCUCGAAUCAAUUCAUAAUUCAACUAAUAAUCGUACAUCGACUAUAAUAAAAUCUUAUUUAGAUACGGUCAAACAUCUUCAAUUUCAAUAUAUGAAUAAAGAGCAGUUACAAAUUAUUUUCGAUGCAGUUCUUCGCCUUCGACAAUAUCCAAAUCUGUCAUCAAUGAUUACGAAUUCUGUAAAACACAUUGAAGAACAAAUACAGUCAUGCUUAAGAUUAAUCGAUAAAUUAACCAAUGGUAAUCAUGAUGGUAAACGAUCUCGUUCACCUUCACCAUCAUCACAACAAAUUUCAAAACGUAUUUCUUCAACAUUUAAACCACCUAUGACUUCAUCACCAAAUGUACUUCGUGAUCGAACCAAUCAUAUGUUUGUUAACAAUGACAAUCCAUCAUCAUCGAAAGGCACUAAAAGAAAAUUCAAUACAAAUCGUUAUACAACACUUGAUUUUGAAAAUGAUACUGAUGAUUUUUUCUAG